AUGUUGACCCUUCCCCCUCUCUCUGUCUGUCUCUACAAUCCAUCCAGUCCUUUCAAAGUCACUAUGCAUCAGCUAUCUAUAUAUGCCUUGAUUGCUCUCUUCAUCUCGUUCGCUACAGCUCUUCGUAACAAACACGACCACUGGAAUGAGCUUCGAGGCCUUAACCUGGAUACGCCGAACCAGAACUCAAGACUGCCAAUCCUCAUCGACACCUUCGAAAACCCAACGCACAAUAAUCUGGGCUUCUGGCAUGGCUCAGGUGAGAACCUCACGAUACAGCAUGGCCCAGGCUUCAUCCGUCUCUUCCCAGUCGAUCCCGAUCAAAACUUCCACACCCAGUUCGAUACAAACCGGUGCUACAGCCUGGUUCCCUAUUUCAACGAGUUCCUGCACGUUGUAUUCGAAGGAACAGAUCAGUUCAGCGUCUCUUUGAACCAGCACAACGACGAAUGUAACCCACGCCGCAGUCCCUUCCCCAGCGUUGCGGAUUCAGUCCAAGCAGAGCGCUAUGUGAUGCACCCGGCCUCUGGGUCGUCAGGCAGACAUGACUGGGACGACGAGGAUCUGGAUGAGGACGACGAUUACGAUUCAGACAUUCUGAGUAAGGAACAUCUUCUGGGCAAUAAACACCAGAAGCAUCUCCGCAAAUCCGCUCACCACAGGUACCUCAAUGGAACUGCCAAAAUUCCCAAGGGACCUCGCGAGCUGUAUAUCCCACUCACCCAUUUUGAGAUCGAUUUCAAUCGAGUCGUUUCUGUCUCUUUUCAUGGCUUCUAUACACCAGAGCCUAUGACGCUGCGUCUUGUCGAGAUCGUGCCGACGGUGCCUUCGCCGUCGCGCGGAAAUGGAUUCUUCCGAUUGCCUGGGAAGCUUCCCAGUGGAAGAUUGGUGCUUAGAUGUUCGCGGCCGAAUUCAUUUGCCUUUGGGAUCGAUGAUGGUCAGCCUCAGUUUUCGCAGCGAGUUAUGCGCAUUUUGGACGAGGAAGGUGUACGAGUCACUUUCUUUGUGGUUGGAACUGGGUUGAGAGAUCGGUCUAGUAACUUCACGGAGUUUUAUAAGGAGAUGCUUCAUAAGGGUCAUCAGGUGGCGCUUCAUUCAAAUACUCAUCCCAAGAUGGAAACUCUUCAAACUGUUCGUGAGAUUGACGAGGAGAUCAUUCAGACGGUGGAAGUAUUCAAGACCCAAUUGGGGAUCGAAUCUUCAUACUUCCGCCCGCCGUUUGGGACUGUGGCUGCUCGUCUGCGCCAACAGCUCGCACGACAUAUCCCCAAUCCAUACAUUGUGAAUUGGAGCGUGGAUGUCGAGGACUGGCUGUGGGCCAAUACUUCUACACCAGAGAAACAGCUCGACGCUUUCUAUCGCGGAGUGGACAAAGGAGGUAACCUGGCUGUUAUGCAUUACUUGAAUCCCACCACCAUCGAAUACUUACCGAAGUUCAUCCAGCACAUCAAGAGGGCAGGAUAUCAGAUCAUGCGCAUUGAUCAGUGUUUGGAAGAUGUGUCUGCUCCGCCGCUGUAA